CAGGUGCAAUAAAAUCAAGUAAGUUGUGUAAUUUGCUAUAGAAAAAGGAGUGCCCACAAGGUGUUCGAAACAAUUCCUCAAUGGGUUUUUCGAGGAAGAGUUGUUCAAAAAGAAGACAACACGAAUUGGGUUUCACUGAUCGUCUUCAUUGUCACGUGGAUCUCACGUGAUCAAAGCUUCAACAUCUUGUUACGUGAUAAAAGCUUCAUCUUUUUGUUAUCAUCUCUGUUGAUUUUCCCGCCUCGCAAACCCUAGAGACCAAGAAAACGCAAGAAAGCUUGAGAGAAUCAUGGAGUCUUCUCCUACCCAUUUCUUCGGAGAUAAUGGCGACGCAAAAAAACACAAACUUGCCUGGCGUUACUACGAACAAGGAGAUCACAUGAAGGCCUUGGACGUAAUUGAAGAUUCGGUUUUGAAGAUCGGUGAGAAACUCAAGCUUCCAUCAGAUCUUUAUUUCCUACAAGGUGAUAUCUUCAUGGCACUAGCGAGAAAAACCGAGAACAGUGAGUUGAAAUUCACAUUCUUGUUGGGUUCUGUGGAAUGCUAUUUGGAAGAUUACAUGGUACAAGCUUUCGCUGCAAUUUCUCUCUUCCAUUUGGGGGAUCAUCUUGGCUCAGCAUUGUAUUACAAGAAAGCCUUGAGGGUUGCAAAAAAGAGUUUAUCUUUUAUGUCUUUUGACCCAUCGAAAUCGGACCAGCUAAUUACUAAACGUACACUUGAGGGUAUAGUCGAAAAGGCAGGGUCAAGGAUCCUCCAUGGCCUUACUAUGAAAAGCUCUGAACCGAAACUGAGGGAGUCAAAGGAAAUAAGAAUCAAGAAAAGGAAUGACUUGCAUACCAUUGCGGCUAAUGAAUUGAGGCGUUAUUGGGCGGGUAUGAGUGCUGAGAGUAAAAGGAACUUCAUGAAAGUUAGCACUGUAGAGCUUAGAAGUUAUGUCGAGAGAGAAUAUGGAAGAGAGAGACUUGAUGCUUUGGAGCAAGUUCUUGACUCUGCAAGGAUAAACAGAAAAUGGAAAUUCUGGAUGUGUCGAACUUGUUCACAGAAGUUCUUUUAUCCUAAAAAGUUUAAGAAUCAUCUUGAACAAGUUCAUGGCGCAAAAUAUAAACCUCCGAGAGAAGAUUUGGCACAGAGUGUAGAUGAAGUCUGGGCUGGUAGGAUAUCGGUUGCAGAUUGGGAACCUGUAGAUGCACUAGCUGCUGCUGAAAUGAUCAAGAACCGUCUUGAAUUUGUGAAAGACUUUGUAUAUGUGAGUGGAUGGUCCAAAGACUGGCCUUUAGCUGCAGAUGAAGAGCGUAGGAAAUUACUGAAGGAAAUCCAAUCGCUCCUUGUGUCGUUUUUGGAGCGUAAAAUUCUCUCUUGUAGCAUUCGAGACUGGAUGAUGCAGUUUCCUGUUAAGUAUCUUGCGCAAUUUGAAGUUCCCGAGCACACUCUUACUACCCAGUGCCGUUUAGUGGAAACACCUCAGAGUAUUUGUUUUUUGGAAUGUCAUGAACUAAAUCAAAUUCUAGACCUUCUCAAACGCAUCAAGUGUGUAAGGGAUGAUGGUACAGAACUGGUUUCAAAGGCAACAGACAGUUUAUGGCGUCAUACUCAAGUUAAAGAAAAGAUUGAUAUUGACCAUGAGUUUUCAUUUAUCCUUCUGGAUAAAAGAUUGCUGAGAGGCAAGAUUGCUUCAUUCUAUGAUGAAGGGUCAAUAGAUGUUUGUGAUCACAAUGUUCACUACGCCAAGACACAUCCUCAGGGCGAUGAUAUCAUAACUUGGUUACUUGAAGACUACUCUUUAAGAGAGAGCUUUGGAUUCCCCAGAUCUAUUAGGGCACACAAUCUUGAUAUAAGGAUGGCUGUUCUGAGAGCCAUUCACUUCACGCGUAGGACUUUGGUAGCCAGAUAUGCAAAGAAGUGGCAGAUCCUAUGUUAUGAUGUAUGUCUUAAUAAAGCCAAGAACUUAUGUAUACAAGAAGGUGAAAGGAGAAUGAAUGUUCCUGAAGAUCAAAGGAACAUAUAUGCAUCUCUUCUAUGCGACAGCUGUGAAGAGCAGUUAACGAUAGACGUUGAAGAUCCUCUUUUUACAGAACUAUUCUUGUGUGCAGUACGAGAUGUUCUCGAUGGAGCAUCGCAUCCGACAUUUGAUUUCACUACUGCAGAAGAUUGCCUGAAACUUAUACAUGGGCAUAAAAAUAUCAGUGAUGAUAUAGUGUUAAAGUCCAUAGACCAUCUGAAAUCAGUGGUCACCAACAAGGUUCUGCUAGCCGAUUCAAAGAUUUUGCUGAUUGAAAAUUCAAGGAUAAAUUUGCUUAACGACCUCGUCAGGCUUUCUGUUUUUGACUACCGCUCUUAUAUCCUUCCCUUGCUGAAACGUUUCUUGCGGGAAGAGUUGGAUGUGAUUGUAGAUAUGGAUGCCAAAGCCAAGUUAGCUGCAGUACAAGAAGAACUUUUAUCCGAGGAAAAGAAAGAGAAGGAGAAGAAGUCAGGGUCAAAGAAGAAAAAACAUAAAAGCAACAAGAGAACUUCAACAAGCAUGUUGAGUCAUCUUGAUCAGGAUGACACACAUGAAUCUUCUAUUAACACUGAACCGGGAAUUACAUUAAGGACGGAGGAAGAAGACUCUAUGGAACCAGAAGAAAGGGGUCGAUUGAAAACUUCAUCCAACACUAACAAUCAAGAGGAAGCUAUUAAAGAUUUCAAAAACAUGCCUAGAAAAGAUUCACUGUCAGAAGAUGCAACCAGAUACCGUUCAGCUCUUGACAUGACGCUUAAGGCCCUCUUAAACAUUAAGGUUCUUCAAGAUGAUUUGGUGCACAAUCGGCAACCAUUUCAUGGCAACUUGGAAGAACAAGUUCCUUAUGCACUGCAGAAUUUAUUUUCUGCUUUUGUCUCGGAACAGAUAGCAGAAGAGGGACUCUACAGUUACCUCCUGAGCAACUUACUUGCUUCCAUAGAAGGAGUUCAUUCCAUGUCAAGUGAUGCUGCUGAGGUAGUUGUCGCGAUCCUCGAGUUUUGUCAUUGCUGGAAAAGUCCAGAAAGAGAAAGCUUGGUAACUAGACUUUUUACAUUGGAGGAAUAUGAAAGAAUGAGUUGUAAAAAAUGCAAAAGGAAGCCAAAUUAUCCAGAGCAAAGUUCUUAUGGAAUUGUUAUGGCUGCAAAUUCAAUCAGAAACCUGAAGUGUGCUUUUGGGAAUAUAAAGUUUGAUGACAUCCUCAAAUUGGGCCGCAUGAAAGAUGGAAUGAUGUGUGAUGUUAAAACAGGAGGCUGUGGAGAGAUAAACUUUGUUCACCGCACUAUAUGUAGAUGCCCGCCCAUCUUCACUAUUGUGUUGGAAUGGGAGAAGAAUGAAACUGAAAAAGAAAUAUCUGAAACAACAAAGGCAUUGGACUGGGAGAUAGAUAUCUGCAGGCUAUACGAAGUCUUAGAAGAACCAAACAUUAAGUACCGGCUUGUGUCAAUGAUUUGUUGUGUUGAAGAAGGAGAAUACAUUUGCAUGGCUUAUAAAAAGAACCGGUGGGUCAGUCUCAGACAUGAAACUUUAGCAGAAGAGGUUGUUGGUAACUAGAAGAAUGUGGUCAGAUUCUGUGGAGAAAGAAAUGUUCGGCCUGAGAUUCUGUUUUACGAAGCAUUUCAAUGGCCUAACAAGUGGCAAAAGUUAAUAUCAAGGGAAAAUCAAUAUGAAAACCUAUCAUUCAUGUAGAAAAACAGUGACAUCUUUCAAAUCAACAGUCGUUUUCUUUGUUCAUGUAUGAAUCUUGAGAAAGAGUAAUUAACAGACAGACAAGGGUUGAGAAGAGCUGUGGAUUAACAGAGACUAUGGCACUGUGAAGUAUUGUCGAAACAUUUAGUGGAUACAGUCCUUUUGCAAUUAGGCUUUUUAUUCGACUUUGUUAUUGUUUCUGAACAUGUGAAUUUUAAUUACAAUACUUUAAUUUUUUGGUCAUAA